AUGAAUGAAGAGCUGCAGGCAGGGAUCCGGGACAUCCCGCUGCAGUUACUGAAACAAAAGGCAAAUAGCUCCAACGAGGCCCUCUCUGCGUGUCAAACAAACAACAAAAAGAAGCCUUCACUGAAAGCGGGAAACAGCCAAGAAGUCCCCACGGUUAACGGGAAUGUGGUAAAGGCCAAAUCCAUAAAUAAAGUGGACAAUGGUUCUGCUAAAGACAGUCCUCCUUUGGCUAAGCUAAAAUCCAAGAGGGUCGCGACAGAUAAGAAUUUAAAUGGCACCAAAAGCGAUGGAAAAGGCUGUAAAGAAAAAAAGAAAAAUGGCAAUAUUUUAAAGGAGAAAGGUGAUAUAAAACAUAAGAGGAGGAAAGCUGAAGAACACGUGGAGCAGCAACCCAAAGAGGCCGAAAUCUGGUUUGAUGACGUCGAUCCAAAAGAUAUUGAAGCAGCAAUAGGACCUGAAGCAGCAAAAAUUGCUAGAAGAAAUCUGGGACUUGAAACAGGCCAACACAAACAGUCUGUGGAACAGGUGCUGGUUAAAGAAAAGGCUUUUGAAGGGCUGACCCGAGCUGUAGCCAUGGACUGUGAGAUGGUGGGAGUGGGACCCAAAGGUGAAGACAGUAUCGUGGCUCGUGUGUCCAUUGUGAACCAAUUUGGAAAGUGCAUUUAUGACAAGUAUGUCAAGCCUACAGAGGAGGUGACCGAUUACAGAACAGCUGUUAGUGGCAUACGCCCUGAGAAUGUAAAAACAGGUGAAGAUUUUAAAACAGUUCAGAAGGAGGUUGCUGACAUCUUGAAUGGAAGGAUUUUAGUUGGACACGCUUUACGCAAUGAUCUAAAGGUCCUAUUUCUUGAUCAUCCUCAGAAGAAGAUACGUGACACGCAAAGAUACAAGCCUUUCAGACAGAGAGUCAAGAACCCACGGCCAUCAUUGAAACUGCUCUGUGAGAGACUGCUAAAUGUUCAAGUGCAGACAUCAGAGCACUGUUCGAUUCAGGAUGCACAAGCAGCUAUGAGACUCUACACCUUAGAGAAAAAGAAAUGGGAAGCUGCUGUUAAGAACAAAUCUAACAAGAAAAAUUGUAAAACUUGA